AAGUUAGAUUUGUUUAGCUGCAAGGAAUAUUAGGGUCCAUCUGCACUAGCUAAAAAAGCUGUUUAUUUAGACAAAUUGUUUGUCAUCACCAAUGUUUAACAAAUGCAGAUGCAUAUGGUUUGUGGCAAUUUUACAAAGUUUGUCCCGGUUAAAAACUGGACAAAAUUAAACAAGAAUGUGUUUUUUCUUGUCAGUCAUUGUUGAAAAGCCAUUGUUCUUUCCAUUAAGUAAUGACAAAGGGUUUCUUAGAAAGUGGGUGCUUGUGACAACCUAGUAAACAGUCACAAGUGCCAGUUUUUCUAGGAAACCCUUCAUUAUUAAUUGUUUUAUUUUUUAAUGUGAGAGCCUGUUGAAAGUAAAUACAAUGUAGUUUCCAGUGCAGAUAAGGUUUUUAAAAAACAAAAAUAAUUGUCACCAUACAAUUUUGGUUUAGAUGUUUCAAAGACAACUCCAAAUUAAUUUAAUGUCUGCUAGAGCAGAUGAGACCUUAGUAUGUUUCUGCCUUGUUCAUUUUGUAUGUCACCUUUAGUAUUAAUAUUAUUACUUUGUAUUAGAUUGAUGAUUACAGCAUGGUGUCGUUUUUACCUCUCAACCCCUGUGAUGAAGAUUCUAUCACAAAUUUGCUUCUUCAAAUUGACAAUGCUAUUCAAUAUGGAGAAGAUUUGGAUGUCCGUGAAAUGAAGGUGACUAACUCUAACUCUUGUUCAUUAAUUUUCCUUAGUUUAAUGGGCAGCAGGUCUUUUGGAGAACUGUUAGCCCUUUAAGCCCCCAUAUCCACAUACAAAUUCUCCAAACUGAUCUCCAUAUAUUUCCUUUCAGAAUUAGUUGAGAGAAUUUCAUGGCAUAUCAAAGCAUUUUCUCUUUAGUGAUCAUUUCAUAAAUUCUCAUAACUUAGUCUCUUGACAAGGUAUGAAUAUUGUUCGGAGAAAAUUGAUGUUGGUCACCAUUGGGACUUAAAGGGUUAGUGCUGGUUGGUUAGGUCCAUUAAAAGGGGGCCUCUAAGGGGAGUCAUGUCCAUUGAACUUUUCUUUUAUAUAUUCCUUCAAUAUCUAUAGGAUGAUGAACAGGAUGAAGAGAAUCCCAAUGGAUUCAUAGAUGAAAGCUGACAGUUUCUUGGUGCUGAGGAAUAUGCAGCAGUAUAAACUAAUGGACACGUAGAUCAAAAGAUCAAACUAUCCAGCAUCUGAACAACCGAAUUCACCGUCAGCACCCUGCUUGUGGAGCCUUUCACUCACUCAAUUUUGGCGUAUAUUGAACUCUAGAAAGACUCUGCAUGAGACAAGUAAAAUCUUUGUUGAGUAUGUGCUAGGAUAUGGUUUUGAACCCAGGUCUGAUAGCCCUGCACUUGGUCCAGCAGGCUUGAAGUCAUGGCCAUUGGUUUAUCAAUAAAUGGAUGCGCUCACACUUAGAAAACCAGUUUGAUGAUAGAGAGCAAGAUGGAAUAGUCCCAAAGUUUGGACUUCAAUGACUUCAAAAGCCUCACACAAUUCAGGCAGAGCCUUCUCUUCUGUGCCUUACUCAAGAAGGCAAAAGGAGGUUUUCCUUGCGCAGUGCACCACCAACAAUAAUUGUUGACACCUUGUGAAAGAUACAAUGCUGUGGAGCAUAAUUAUGAUUAGCCUGCGUAUCAUGGCAGUUUUGGUUGGGAGCGCUAAGUAGUAAAGGAUGGCAAGGGCAGAGAAACCGCGAGGAGAUUUUUUUCUUUCUCGCGGCCCGCAGCAUCGCUGCUCGUGGGCUCGGCUCAACAAAACUGCCAUGCCACGCAGGCUAAAUUAUGAUGAAAAUUUCACAGGGGAAGUAAAGGAAGUGACAAAGGGAAGGUGAAUAGAGUGCCUGAUAUUACUGCUAUAACUGCAGUUCCAGCUAUUACCAAACCAAACUUCAACUGGA